AUGGUCCGCACUUCCGUUCUUAACGACGCUCUCAAUGCGAUCAACAAUGCCGAGAAGGCCGGCAAGCGCCAGGUCUUGAUCAGACCUUCUUCGAAGGUUAUUGUCAAGUUCCUUACCGUCAUGCAGAAGCACGGUUACAUUGGUGAAUUCGAGGAGAUCGACGACCACCGCUCUGGAAAGAUCGUUGUUCAGCUCAACGGACGCCUCAACAAGACCGGUGUCAUCUCCCCCCGCUACAACGUUCAGCUCCGUGACCUCGAGAAGUGGGUUGUCAAGCUGCUUCCCUCUCGUCAAUUCGGUUACGUCGUCCUCACCACCUCCGCUGGCAUCAUGGACCACGAGGAGGCCCGUCGUAAGCACGUUGCCGGCAAGAUCAUCGGUUUCUUCUAUUAG